AUGCUCCCCCAUCUACAGAACGACGGGGGAGCUGAGAUCCACACAGGCGGCGUCUCAAAGGCUGGCAGACAGCCAUCAUCCUCCACACCUGUUGUCACCAAGCAGCAGGUGAAGAAGGAAACAGAGAGGCUGACAACACAGCUUCACAAGCUGACCACUGAGAGGAAUGAAUUGCAAGAUCACCUCAAUGUCAUCAGUGAAGGACCCUUGGAAAAUAGCAACCUGCACAGCCAGCUCCUGGCCGAGCUGAAUCAUGUGAAGAACAACAUGGAAAUUCUGAGGGAGGAGAACCAGAAAAUGCAGGAGGAUUUUGCUCUACUACAGCAGCACUUGGGGGAAUUCAAGUCAAAUUGUGAGAAUCGACAGGAAGAGGCCAGUGACCCACAGACCCAGCACCAAAAGCACAUGGGAAGGAUGGAGGAAAUGUUGCAGUACGUGGUGAAACAGAAGGAGAUGGCCAUCAAGCAGAAGGAGUUAGCACGGAAGCUCCAGCAUCACUUUGAUGUCCUCCAGAUGAGGUUUGAGAAACUGCAGCAUGAGAUGGAACUGGCCACAGCCCAGGAAGAGAGCAUCCUGCAGAAUGACCUGCUACAUCAGGAGUCACCUGCUGAGCCCAGUCUCCAGAAACCACAGAAUCCCCGGGAUGGAUUUACUUUAACAUAUUACAUUUCCUCAGUGUGAAUGGGUCCUAAUUUUAUGGAACCAGUGACUCAUCAGUCUUCUUCUGGAUCUGCUGCUCUUUGAUUUUCUGACAAUUCCCCUUGAGGGAAGUGGGGUGAUUGCCCAGCCACCAAGUGUCAAAGACUAGGCACAGCUGUAUAACAGUGCUGCUAAAUCUGCAGCGAGAACAUGCUACUUAACAUAAUUUUCUGUUAGAGUUUUGUUGGGUUUGGGGGUUUAGAUGUUUUGGUUUUGAUAUUGUUAUUGACAUGUUAU